UGGCCUGCCCUGCCUAGCGGUCUCCUUCCGCGAGGCGUGCAGUUGCGCGCGGUUCUCGGGGUUUGGGCCUUGCCCUGUGAGGUCGCGUGCUCCUGAUAUCGACCUUGGUCUAUAGAGAGCCGCCGUGGCUUGCCCACUGGUCCUUAUUAUGGCUUCUCUGGAGAAGUGAUCUUUGACUGACGAAAGCUUACGUUUUGCUUGGCAGGGUCUUCACUGUGCUCUGUUCAGAGAAGAGCUCUUGAUUGGAAAUGCUGGAUGGGUGACAUUUGUCUGACAACAAUGAAGUUUCUACUGGUUUUUGAUUUUGACCACACAAUUGUAGAUGAAAACAGUGACACCUGGAUUGUGAAAUGUGCACCUAAUGCAAAAGUUCCUGAUGAAAUAAGCAACUCCUAUCAGAACGGACAUUGGACAGAAUAUAUGGGCAGAGUUUUCAGAUUCCUGGGAGACAAUGGAAUAAAGGAAGAGGAGAUGAAAAGGACUAUGACAACAAUACCUUUCACAGAAGGAAUGAAAGAUCUCCUAGAGUUUGUCGGCAAACACAAAGACUCUUUCGAUUGCAUAAUUAUAUCAGAUUCCAAUGCAAUAUUUAUUGACUGGAUUAUAAAAGCUGCUGAUCUCCAUCAAGUAUUUAAUGAAGUGUUUACAAAUCCUGCAAGUUUCAAUGGUUGUGGCUAUCUCACUGUGGAGAAUUUUCAUGCUCAUGAUUGUGCCCAGUGCCCCGUAAACCUCUGCAAGAGGAAAGUCUUAGAAGAAUUCUUAGAAAACUCUUCAAAACAGAGGAUGAAAUACUCCCAGAUUUUAUAUAUAGGCGACGGUGGAAAUGACCUAUGCCCAGUAAUGUGCUUAAAAAAGGAUGAUGUUGUUCUGCCAAGGCAGGGAUAUAGGUUACAGAAACUGGUUUCUCGGUUGUCUCAGGAUGUUUUUCCUUUGAAAGCAUCGGUGGUCACUUGGUCAUCUGGGCUUGAGAUACUGACCUAUUUAGAAUUGCUUAUAAAACAAUAAAAAUAUAGUUCUAAUUAUUACCAAUGAAUAAUAAUGAAUUGGUGCUGGCAUCUCAGUCUUCCCCUGUCACUGUCAUUUAUUCAUGAAUGUUAGAGAAGAACAGUUUAUUAUGCCAUUUUUAUUCCUUGUCUUCCAUUGUGCAGUUGUGUUGGAGGAGAGGAUGCAAAAGAAAUAUGCUUGAGAUAAAAAGGAGGGAUGCAUAAGCGAAGGAACAAAUGCCAGUGUCAUUGCUGAAGGUAGUAGCCACAUAUCACUUUGGAGAAGUGUGUUUUUGUUUCAUUUAAACCCCACUUUUCUUCCCAAUGGAGACCCAAAGCGGCUUACAACAUUCUGCAUUUUAUCCUCACAACAAUUCUUCAAGGUAGAUUAGAGUGAGUGUGUGUGACAGGCAUGAGGUCACCAACAGCUUCCAUGGCAGAGUGGAUUUGAAUCCAGGUCUCUCAGAUCCUUAGCCCAGCAUUAAUUUAUUACUGUUGUAACCAUCUGUUAGCCUCUUCUCACUCAAAGUCCCUUGCACCUUCAAGCUUCAGCUGCUACUAGUGAGAUAUGUAAUCCCUUUACCUAAACCUUAGGUGGAUGGCAGAUUCAUUUCUGUAGGUCCUGACCAUGUCAUGUAAGUUUACCCAAAGGGUAGCUGCUUCCAUCCAUCACAAAAUGAGUUUAAAUUUGGGACUGACUUUGUAACAAAGCCACAGAUUUCUCCACACAACGCAGCAGCCAUUCAUCUACGUAUUUAACAGGUACAUUCUGAUGCAUCCUUCAGUAAAUAACCUGUAUAAUUCAAUUCUGUCAUAGAUUACACAAAACGAAAAGAAGAUAUAGUACAGAAGCAAUAUACAGAAAGUAUAAACACAGACAACACUUGAUGGUUUUUACACUCUUGACUUUGCUAGUUCAGCUUUGUGUUUGUUUUACCUGCAAAUGUACUGUUUAGAAAUCGUAAUGAACAAUGCAGUGAGAGUGGAUGUAUUCUUUCUUUGCAGCUACCAGACUUUUAGCAGCUAGUGCCAUUUCCAUUUUCUGUACAAAUGUUUACUUGGAAGCAAGCCCUACUAAACUCAGUGGGAUUUUCUCCCAUGUAAACGUGUAUAGGAUCGGCAACUUAGAAGUAACAAAAUCAGUACAAUGACAGUUCUGUGUAUUAUACAGUGUUGGAAUGAAGAAUGUUUCACUGCCACAGACCCAAUUCUGCUGCAGUCUUCUGUGUUACUGAGACACCAGUUUUGUGCAUCUUUAGGACUGUGAGAAUAUUGCCCAGCAGUAUGUAAUCCAUCUUAUUAAGGUCAACAUGGUGGUGUCUGCAAUGGAGAUUUUAAAAUAUGACAUAUUUAUAAACCGUGUUGUGUUGACCUUUUUACCUUAUCGUGAAAGGUGCUUGUGUUAAAACGUUUUGCUGAAUGUAUGGCGAUGUAUAUUUAAGUAAAGUGUACUGGGUUUUUCUUAAGUUUUUGAAAGCAUAUGUAAUAUUUGAAAUUGGUGGGUAAGGAAGGACAAAGGAGGAAAAACUUGAUAGUUCCUAGCUGGCUUCCAAAUCCUAAUAAUUUCAUGGCAAUCUGCCAUUUGAAGAGUUUAUUUGAAACUAAAGGACAGCAAUGAAUUUACUUAGAGAUCUACUUAUAGUUUAGUUGUUACUUUGUCUGAAUACAAUGUGCCUACUGCAACUGUACACUGUUUAAUAUAACAAAGAUAUAAUUUUAAUUUA